AUGCUCGAGUUCCCCCUACACGAUGGUUUUUUUCCUCAGAUUGCCCUCAGUAGAGAAGAAGUUAAGUACUAUAAACGAUUGGGAAAAGAACGUGUGACGCAAUUGAUUCGAAUCAUUGAGGAUGCCGAGUGUGCAUACAAAUGGACAAGUAUCGAAUCAGUUCGUCGUACACAUCGAUCACGUCUACCUCGUCACACUCGUCUUAGUUUUGAAUCUAAAGAUAACCGAACCGUAGCUUGUCAACGAGCUAGUUUUCUCGAUUUCCAGCCCGUGAACAAGACAACACAUGCAUCCACUUUACUUAAAGCAAGUGUCCAAUUAUCCGAUACUAAAGUCGAGGAGAUUCUACGUGCAGUGGCAAAAGUAAAGACAAAGGAUUUUCGAAAGACCAUGCAAUAUAUGCACACGGACGGUUUCGUCGAUGGACGAACGUUAUUCACGUUUCCUCAACAAAGUACUUGUUCAGGUAGUGACGUAUCACAUUGUGUACCUUCUCGAGCAUCUUCUUCCUAUCGUGCAAUCAAAUGGCACGCAUUUAAGACCCAGCGAUCUCGUCAUAGAGAAGAUAACAAGCUGUUAGAUUUUUGUUUCUUAGAGUAUGCAGGGAAGAGAAAAGCACCACCAGGUUCAAAUGUAGUGGGCUUUUGUGUACAAGAAUCGAUUUCAAGAGAACGCGAAGUACCAACUUUGGAAAACUUUGGUAUUGCACGAGGAUAUUUAUCGCGAAUGGGCCUUAUCAUCUCCAAGACGCACCAAAAAAAUACUUUCAAGGUCACGUCCAUUUGUCAGAUUGAUGGAGACUUGAACCCUAUUGUAAGAGGAGUGCUAGAGGAAUUGAUGAAGAAGACAGUGUGUGCAGUAGCCAAGAUCCCAGGACUCGUAGCACGGCAACGGGUAAGCAGUUUGAGAUUUGUGGAGCAGUGGCAAUGGGUACCGAACUCAGAUCGCAAAGCGUGUGCAGUUUGUUUGCGUGGAUUCUACUUCCGUCGGAAACACCAUUGUCGAACGUGUGGUGAGGUCGUUUGCUCCUCGUGCGCAAUGCUGCGCGAAUUGGAAGAACCGAUCUUUGAUAUAACGCACUUGCGCGUUUGUUCCACAUGCAUGACGAGUGCUGGAGCACGACAACAGCAACAACAUCUCUCCGCGCUAAGCGCGACUGGUACGGGAGACGAGCCUGCGUCUUCGACGUCAAACGACACAGAGUCGUACAUUCGUGGCCUACGUAGUCCGCAACACAAUUCUUAUGAGGACAUGAUUUUUCGCAUGCGUGAAUCACGUGAUCGCGAUAGGCGACAGAGUGAUCUUGCUAUGGAGGUUCUUGAAGCUGACACUGAGCUAAAGCCAGCCAACUCGUCGUUGAACAUUGAUGUCGGCUCGCAGUUGCUCACUCGGGACAAGGUGCAUGCUCUUACUGAUGUUGUGACCAAUAUUCGAGAGGUUCGUGACACAAUCAACCUUACAAUGUCUGAGGCAGCAUAUAAAGAACGUCGGGAAGAUGAUAGCGAUGAAAUUGAGGAGUUUAAUGAUAUGUACAGCGAAAUCACAAGUAUUCAAGAGGCACUGGAAAAUUCUGUGUCAAACUUUGACGCAGCACUGGCUAACGCAACGAAUGCAGCACCUGCCAUGUACUACUCUGGAACAAGUGACCGUAGUCAGGAUUCACUACGUGGUGGUGGAAGUGAACGGGAUAUUGGAAUCACAGCCAACCAAUUUAAUUCCGUUGCUCGUAUCACCUUUGCAGCAGCUCGGGUCACAAGACAGGCUGGUCAAGCCUUUUUGUCGGUAGGAGAGCGCCAAUACCUGCCACGUGAGGACCAUAAUGUUCCAGGUAAACAGGAGAAACACGGAGACAAGCAAGUGUUAGCAAGCUCGGUCUCAGUAGCAAGUUAUCCAACAGUAUACGAUAGUGAGGACAGCUCGGUUGCUCAGAGUCCAGAUCCAUACUCUGCAUCUAACUAUGAGAAGAUCAUGGCAACAUAUUUACCAGAGCAAGAUUAUUCAGAGCAUGAAGACGAAGACAACAGGCACUCCUUGUACAACUUUGCGGAUUCUGUGCGUCGCGCCACAAAAAUUCAUGAGCUGGAAAAGAAGAUUUUUGAUUUGCAACGCAGCCUUGAGGAAGCACAGCGAAAGGUGUCAGUUAUUGAUAGUGAUGAGCCGGAGCCAGAAGCACGCUCACGACGGAGGCUGGAUGUUCUACGUGAUCACUCAGCGCAGGUGGAAAUUGAGAGCGUAUUCGAGAUUUUUGGGGAGCGAGGUAAACAACACGAUCCUAUCCUAGGCGACACAGUCUCACCAGUGUCUUCAGGCCCUCGGACGAUGUCGUUACCUUCUGGACGCAUGGAGUCGAGAGGACUAACGACAAAGGACCUUGUGUCAGAGCUGCGCGGUGUGAUGGCUUCCAGUGAGACUCCAAUUUGCGCUAGUAGUGGCUCACGAAGGUCUUUACUGAGAUCGUCUACCGCUGCGUUGCCUUCAAAUGUGGUUACGAAUGCUUUGAGUCCUGUUCCUCCAAACCUGCCAGUAUCCCCACCGCUUGCUACUGGAAAGAAGAAGAAGAAGAAGCUGUCUCAAAAAGACGACACUCGUCAGUCAGCAAAUAAAUCACUAAUGCCCAAAGAGAGACCAGUCGGUGGUGACCUAAAUAUCAGCAAAGGUAGCGUCAAAGCGAAUCACCGUGGCCAAGUACAAAAGAUGAGACGACCUUCUGCAGCGCCUACCGAGGAAUCUUACCUGCCGACUGUUCGCACGACGGGUGAUACCAGAUACGGUAUCGACGGCAAUUACGCUGCAUUAUCGUCUGAUGAAGACAGCUACGACGAUUCCUCCGACGAUUCAUCGCUGCUAACCAGUGAUGAUGCCCGCGAGCCUUAUUUCAAGAAGUACCGUAGCCCCGAUGCGUUCUUCGUCGAGGAGGACCUAGGCGCUUUGCUGAAAACUCGGAAAGCAGCGGAGGCCAAUGCAUCACUGCCGAUCGAUCCAGUCACAUCUCCAUCCUUCCCAAUACCUCCUGCUCCCGCAAUGGGGAUAGAUGAGCGUGACGAACUUCGAGAACUAAUGGCAGGUCUUGUCCGUCCGCGUAGCUCUUCCGUACCGUUCCAAUCAGGUCAAAUGGGUGGUGCUUCAUCUGGUGAAUCAUUGCACAAUAAGCCGUCGUGGAGCGACGAUGCUCCUGAUCGCGUCCCAACAGCGCAUCAAGUAGAGGAGGCUGUCUACGAAAUUCACGCGUGUCUGGCAAGCUGUCGCUGUGAAUGUCCAUCUGAUACGGAGCGUAUACGCAAACUUACCUCCAUUUUCAAAGUGCUCCGUUCACUUCAUCGUGAGGGCGUACGCUCGAAAUUUCGCACAUUGCAGCACGACGAUAUUCGCUACGCAAAGAUGCUCGAGACCAACCCUAGCAUCAUCAAGUUACUCAAGCUCGCUGGUUAUGUGUCUCUACAACAAAAGCUCACCAUGAAACGUGUGGAUCAAGACUAUCUCGCUUUAUUUUUACGUGAGUUGGAACGGGAACUUUAUCCAUCCACCGAUGCUUGA